AUGAGAAAGGUACGGUCGACAGUCAUCACCAUCGAUCGCGUGAAGCUGAUCUCUGCAGAUGCCCACAUCGCACUGAUGCAACAUGAGCCUUCUCGACCUCUAAGUGACGAAUGGAUCCAGCAGGUGCUUUCUGAGUUUUCCCAUGUCGUACUUCCGGCGAUGCAGCGCACAACAAAUUUCGGCUUUUUGACCUUCUUGCCAGCCAUGGUCGUCGCAACGGGCCACGAUUCUCCCGUAGGACUUGUGUUCCAGGCGAUUUCAUAUGCUUUUCGCUGCACCGGGACAGAUGACCCUCUAGCCAUGUCGAAACGAGCUAUGAUAUAUGGUCGAGGUUUGACUGCUACCAAUGCAGCUCUGCGAGAGCCAUCCUUGCAAACCAGGGACGAAACGGUCACUGCCGUCUGGCUACUCAGCCUAUACGAGCUCAUUGUGGGAUCAUCACCGCCUCAGUCAAACCUGGGCCCGACAACUUGGAGUGUCCAUACCCAGGGCAUGGCCACCUUGCUGCGAUUGCGUGGCACGAAAGGUUUCAACUCGCCCAUUACACGCAACUUGUUCUGGCUAUUGUUUAGCUCUGUGCAAAUCCAGUGUCUCGUGACUGGCAGUUCAUGUCCUCCAGGUUCCCUUCACUGGCUUGGGGAGUUAGAGAAGCAUGUCGAGGAAGCUGCCAUUCCAGUGCUUCAAAUGUCAUUGUACGGCUGUCAUGCUGCCGCGCUGUGUGAGAGAGUCCGAAAGUCUAUUGACGAUACGGACUCCACUUCGUUGUCGGUAGCGUUGGGGAUGCUGGGAGAAAUCCAAGAUCUUCAAACGGAGUCGUACGAGCAGACGAUUCCGCGGGGGGAGAGGUAUACGACAUCCGAAACCGAUCCAAGAACCAUUCCUCUACUAGGUCCACGAACGACUUUUGCUCGAACUCUUUUUUGUUCUUAUAAGCUCAAGUUUCUGCUGUGUCGCUGGGAACUCUUGAGAAAAGCUCAGGGACUUUCUUCGGGGAGUCUACUUGAAAAUCUACACCUGAAAUACCGAGAGACCGUCGCCGAGAUACGAACUGCUGCAGAUGAAAUUCUCGCAACCGCCCCUAAUAUGUUGGACAAGGCUGGUUGUGAGAGCUGGUCGAGCCUGAGCGUUGCGAGUUUCUGGGCAGAUGGGAUCAGGCUGCUCUGGCCUCUCCGACUAUUGGCAUUCUUGCCGGUAGCAAGGACGGAUCAACGGCGGUCUGCUGCAUUGAUGCUCCGUGCUCUUCGGGAUGCAAUGGGAUUGCAGCUGGCCACUCAGGAUCUUGUCCUAGAGCCUGAGCAAGAUCAUCCGGCGGCUAGGGCGUUAUCAGCAGUGAUUUAG